AUGGUGAGGGGGAAGACGCAGCUGAGGCGGAUAGAGAACGCGACGAGCCGGCAGGUGACCUUCUCCAAGCGCCGCAACGGGCUGCUGAAGAAGGCCUUCGAGCUCUCGGUGCUCUGCGACGCCGAGAUCGCCCUCAUCAUCUUCUCCGCCCGCGGCAAGUUCUACGAGUUCGCCACCUCCAGAAUGCAAGAAAUACUUGACCGUUACAGAGGACAAGCAAAAGAACGGACCAGCGGCAGUGUCAUAGAACAUGAUAAGCAGCCAUGUAGGUAUGAAGCUGCAAAUAUGGUCAAGAAGAUGGAGCAUCUUGAAUCCACUAUAUGGAAAAUAUUAGGUGAAAAAUUAGAAUCAUGUUCUCUUGAAGAACUGCAUGAAUUGGAGGUACCAAUUAGUAGAAGAGCAGCUUGCACAGCUUCAAGAGAAGGUAGAAGCUACAAUAUAAGCUACCAUUUGCUGCUACCAACGAAGUUGGCAUACCCGGUCAACAUACUGAUGUCGAGACAGAGCUUUGCAUUGGAUGCCCCGGAAGAUGAAGGAGAAACAGUGUGAUUCCAAUUUGAUUGUGCACAUAUAUAAUGCAUCUAUAUGUUUGAUGCUGCAGAAUAAGUGGUCUUACAGUUCCCUAAGAGAGACAUAGGUGUAGACAUAUGCCUUACUUAGCUCAAGUUGGAAUCAGUUCAAAUAACGCAAAAGGAUGAGAAUUAUGUUGACUAAGAUUUUUGUUGGACAGGUUUAAAUCAGUCUUGCCUUUGUCUUUGGUUUUAA